UGUGUGUGUGUGUGUGUGUGUGCGAGCAGCGCUCCGUGGCCGCCGUGUUUCCUGGUGCCUGCUCCCUGACCCCAGUGGCAGCCCCGCUCACUGCACCGCGCCCGCCCUCGCCGCCGCCCCGCACCCGGACCCGCACCCGGACCCAGGCCGCCGCCGCCGCCGGGCACCGCCGCGGGGUCGGGCGCAGGCUCUGCCCCGGCCGCGCCCCCGCAGCCCCAUGGAGCGGCCCCGCUGCCCGCGCUGAAGGCAUCCCCGACCCGCCCGCAGCGGCAGCCGGCGGAGGGAAGAGGUCCGUGGAGUUGAUGAGGAGCUGCUGGGAGUCGGGAGCCGCCUGGAACACGAUGCCCUACCCCGCUCCUGGCCUUGGGAAGUUGUGAGCUGCUCAUGUCCAUAAGGAGGAAGGAUGGCUCAUGGAAUUCCUUCACAAGGCAAAGUUACCAUUACGGUGGAUGAAUACAGCUCCAACCCAACGCAGGCGUUCACGCACUACAACAUCAAUCAGAGCAGGUUCCAGCCUCCGCAUGUGCAUAUGGUCGACCCUAUCCCAUAUGACACUCCAAAACCAGCGGGCCACACGCGAUUUGUCUGCGUCUCAGACACACACUCCAGAACAGAUGGCAUCCAGAUGCCUUAUGGGGACAUCCUUCUCCACACGGGCGAUUUCACCGAACUGGGACUGCCCUCAGAGGUUAAGAAGUUUAAUGACUGGUUAGGAAACCUACCAUAUGAAUAUAAAAUAGUGAUUGCUGGGAAUCAUGAACUGACAUUUGAUAAGGAAUUCAUGGCAGACCUUGUUAAACAAGAUUACUACCGCUUUCCCUCUGUGUCCAAAUUGAAACCAGAGGACUUUGACAAUGUUCAGUCACUCCUGACAAAUAGUAUUUACUUACAAGAUUCAGAGGUAACAGUUAAAGGAUUCCGAAUAUACGGUGCCCCAUGGACACCGUGGUUUAAUGGAUGGGGCUUUAACCUACCCAGAGGUCAGUCUUUGCUAGACAAGUGGAACCUUAUUCCUGAGGGAAUUGAUAUACUAAUGACACAUGGACCUCCCCUUGGUUUUCGAGACUGGGUUCCAAAGGAGCUGCAGAGAGUGGGUUGUGUGGAACUGUUGAACACGGUGCAGAGGCGAGUAAGGCCCAAACUCCACGUCUUUGGUGGGAUUCACGAAGGUUAUGGCAUUAUGACGGACGGUUACACAACGUACAUCAAUGCUUCAACGUGUACAGUCAGCUUUCAACCAACCAACCCUCCAAUUAUAUUUGACCUUCCAACCCCUCAAGGAUCGUGAAGCACUACUGCACAUUUGGAACUGGGGAAGGUCUAUAAACUGCCAUUUUCUAAUUAUAAAACUUACAUUCUCUUACAUGUUUAUUUCAAAAUUGGGGGAGGGAGGGUGCGAAUU